UUUCAGAGCAUCCUACAACCUCUUCUCCAACGUGCUCCAGCCAACUGACCACUUCACUCUCUGAAACCGUUCGCAAUCAGCGGAAGACGCUGGUGGGGAUUCGUCUCCGGCCGCCUGCGCCUGUACACACAAUGACAUAGACACAAAGAAAAGACACGACGCCAUGAUGCUUGCAUCAUCAGCGCCCACGGCGCCCAGCCUACUACCUCCAAGCAGUCAACCAUCGGCAGCCACAACUCGGGCAGAUGACUGUUCCUCUUCAACGUCUCCAACAAACACAUCAGCUUCGGAUGCUUCAAUGGAAAUGUUGACAAGUUUAAUGAACGGAGCAGUUGCAGCUGCAGCAGCUCCCGGAAAUGCUUUAGUGAAGCAGGAAUCACCACCACUAACAACGCCUCCAUUAUUCAAUCCAGAUCUUGCUCUACUCCAGUUCAGUCAACUAUUUCAAGCUCAGCAAGCAAUGGUCCAAUUUCAUAAUCAACAGAAACAACAGCAGCAGAUCAUACAGCAACAGCAACAGCAGCAGCAACAGCAGCAACAAAAUCAGAAUCCGAGUCAAAGUCAGUCUUCUUCCAGUGACCGUAAGAGGUCCUAUCCCUGUACAUUUCAAUAUUGUGUCAUAUGUCAAAAAGACGUACACUCCUCAAAACUGCCAUGCCAUAUUCGACAAUGCCACGUGGCUAAGCCAAUGUUCCAAUGCCCGGCAUGCGACUUUACAUCCACAUAUUCAAAAAACAACGUUAAGAGUCAUAUGGUUUCAUUACACGGAUUAGCGGGUGACCCGAUCAGUUAUAUGGAUAAAUAUGCAGGACAAGUUGAAGAGUUCAUGAAACUGUGCUUCCCCAAUGUUCGUGGCAGAGGACGGCCGAUGCAGGGUAGGAGCUCUCCAAAAUCUCCAACAAGUCCAACACAGCCAGGGAGACGUGGUAGUCAAGCAUCUUCUCUGCCAUCUAGAAGGAAUACUGUAUCACAGAAUGACUUGCUUGCAACUCUUCAACAGCAUCAGCAACAACAAGCAGCAUUCCAUCCAUUGAGGAAUUUGAGAUUCAACCCACUGCAGUCAAUUUUCCCGGCAGUUCUUGCAAAUAACAACAAUAAUUCGGUUUUGGCAACCAAUAAGCACGUCAACAACUUUCUGAUCAAGCAGGAAGAGUCUGAAGUUCCACCGAUCACAAUGCCAAUGCAAGAUCUCAAGACAAUGCUAGAUGCAAAUUCAUCGCCAUCUCCAAUUUCCUUGUCAUCAUCUAUAAUUCCGAUUCAGCCAAUUAAGCCAGGGGAGAAUGCUCAACCAAAAUACAUGAAAUCACUGGAUUGGACGAUUUUGAAUGAUCUUCAGAUGAAGGGAACAGUAUUUGCUGACUGUAGAAGUAAUAUGGAAUUAUACGCAGAGAACAUUGCCAGAAAGAUUGAAAAUACUAAAGCCUUUCAAUCCUUUGUUCUUAGUGAUGAUAUGAGAACAGUCGUUGAAGAAGUCAGAUCAAGAGUUAGCAUUCAACUUUUUGAAGUGAUGUUUGCAAUUCAUAGAAUGGAUAUUAAAGUUCUCAAUCAGAACUUGGUGGAUUCACUUCUUCAAAUUGCUCCAACUAACAGUGAUGCUCAAUUACUUCGGAAAAUGGAAAACUUGUCAGAUCCAAAUGAGGAAUUUCUACUUGGCCUUACAAAAAUUGAUCACAUUGAGGAGAAAUUGGAAACUAUGAAGCAUAUGUACAGGUUUCCAGAGCAAGUUGAAUUACUGAAGGAAAAUAUUAUCAAAUAUGAAAUUGCUGUGAAAGUGUUAAGUGAGAGUCGGGCUCUUCGGAAUGUCAUGCAACUUGUACUCGCGAUUCUCAAUAUUGGAUUCUUCGAUGAUCGUCAAUGUCUUUCAAUCAAUGGAUUCUCAGUUUCAGAUAUCAGUUCUAUUUUAUCAACAAACACACCAUCUGGUCAAUCUGUGCAAUCGAUCCUUGUUACAAUAUUGAAAGAUGAAAUUAAUUUGGAUCUUGAUGAGCUUUUCGGUCUUAUUGAUGUGCUCGAAAAAAUUGAAAAUGAUGAUGUCAACUCAGUUGCACAGGAUUUAAUGGUAUUGGAUGAUAAAACAGUUCGGGCAGAAAAAGAAAUGGAGCACAGUGGAUCAAAUAUACCUCUCAGUGAGUUUGUUGAAAACGCGAAGACAAUUUCAAAGGAGCGAUGGGAACAUUUCAAAUCCUUGAAGACAAGCAUUGAAAGACUCACUAUAUAUCUUGGAAGCCCACUGCCACGCCAUCAAAAUCUUGAUGCUCACUCUCCAUUCAACAACGUGCUCCAAAUGCUCCGAUCCUUAAAAACUGCAAUCGAGCUUGACGAUGCAUCAGAUGACCAUCACAUCAAUGUCUCGUCUCCUUAAUUUUUGUUUUCUGGAAAAGGCGAAGAACUCGAUUUGAAGCUUCUCAAUUGAGUCUCUGCAGCCGACAUUUUACGGGUCCAGCUUGCGAGGUAUCUCCGCGAGUUGUCGGCUGCUAUUUCGAGCUACCAAAUGUUCCAAUCAAGUUCGACGCCUGCUCCUAGUUAAUUCAGUCAUUUUGUUUACUCGUUUUCCCUGGUUCUCUGAUAAUCUUGCCUCCGGCUGUUCAUAUUUGUUAUCUUAAAUCCUUAUCCCUCACAAUUCCUGUUCCAAACUGUUCCUGUGUUCUGAAAUUUUGCCAAAAAAGUACUUGUUAGUUGGUGAACUCUAUUUUCCCUGUCGCUUUUCCAUCUCUCCCCUGUGAAUUCCUCCCGCUUCGUCCAUCCAUGAAUCUAUCUAUCUAUCUCUCAAAAACUUCAUAAUAUAAUAAUUUUAUCAAAAGUAUUACUCUCUCCUUCUACCUGUUAAUUUUUUCUUGAAAACGAACAAAAAGUCCUAUUGGAUUUAUAUGUGUACCCCUCUAUAGCUUUUAAGAAAAACCUCCCCCUCUCUUGCUCUCUCUCUCUCGUUUUCACUCAAUCUUAUUGUAAAAGAUUCUUUUUUUUCAAUGUUUUUUUAUUUUGUAUUUGGCAAAUAAUAAAAAGUGGUAAAACU